AUGGAGUCCCUGGUUAAACCGGCGGCUCUCCUCCUCGCACUUUUGUGCUGCUGCUGCAGUACUCAACGCGUUGACUACAUAUCUCCGAAUAUAGGCAGCUUCAAUGGAGCAACACGACUCACCAUUUCCGGAGACGGUUUUGCCCAGGAGAAACAGUUCCAGCUAAAUCCAAAAGAUGACACAUUUGGCAACCGUGUGACCCUGGUUUCAGAUACCCUGUCAGUCCCCUGUGAUGUGGAGAGAGACUCAACACACGGCAACCGGAUCAUGUGUUACACCAGAGCCAUGCCAACUGGUCAGUAUAUGGUCCGUGUCAGUGUGGACGGUGUUCCCAUUCCUGACAACAAUUUGUGCAGAGGCGUGUACAAUUCAUACCAGUGCCGCUUCAAUCCUGUCUGGUACCGCACGCCUACUAUCUACUCUCUGAGUCCAGUCAGUGGUCCCCCAGGCACCUUGGUGACACUGCGAGGACUUAUCUUCUCUGAUGUGUAUGGAAGUAACACUGACCCGAGCUCCAACGGCCUCAAUGUCAGAUUUCUGAGAGCCUACAUGGGAGGGAUGCCAUGCGAGCUGCUUAAACCACAGUCAGAUGAACUAUAUGGCCUACAACUGGACUAUAAAUACUCUCAGUCGGGAUACAUGAGCUGCAAAAUGACGGGGACAUAUGUUGGGCAUCACAACUUGAGUUACAUCCUUGAUAGUGAUUAUGGAAGGAGUUUUUCAGAAAAGAACCUGUACAGGGUUUCAGCUUUGGGCAAGCUCUCCAUGUUUCAGACCUUUGCAGAAGUGACAGGAGUCUCCCCAUCCAUGGGCAGUGUCCUGGGUGGAACCCUGUUGACCAUCUACGGCCGCUUCUUUGACCAAACAGAUCGGCCAGCACGUGUUCUCGUUGGAGGCCUGCCUUGUGAAAUCCAGAGUGUGUCGGAUGACAGAAUUACUUGCAGAACCAACAAACACAAGAUGAACAACAGUCUGACAGUCUACCCAGGUGGAAGAGGCUUGAAGAUGGAGGUGUGGAACAAGACACUAUCAUCAUACCUGACGGACAUUUGGAGCUACAAUGAGAACACAACUGGAUACUGGGCACAGUGGAUCGACUCCAUGCCCCACGUCUUAGCUUGGGAAAUUAAUUAUUUCAGCUCACGAUCCAGGGGCUUCCUUGUUCCUCCAGCCAGCGCCAACUACACAAUAUACCUCAGCUGUUCUUACCGAUGUGAGCUCUACCUCAGCAACUCCAAUCGCCCAGAAGACAAGGUUAAAGUUGCGUACCAGACAAAUUUUGUCAAAAUGGCUCUGGAGGAAGGAAAACCCUACUACAUUGAAAUACUUCAUCAAGAAUAUGCCGGUGCAGCUAGUGUCAACCUCGCCAUUUUCCAAGAGGACAGUUCCUUUACAGAAGACCAGGCAGACGGUGCUGUCAAUGAGGUUCAGGAUAUCGAGGUUAAAUAUGACGUGUUCGAUGAGGAACAGGUGGUAACCUUUGGGUCCUGGCCCAGAAAUGUCACUGCAGUUAAAGAGGUCCAGAAGGUUACCGUCAGCAGCAGCUGUGACAGCAGUCUUUGUGAGAGCACCUUCUUCAGCCUCGGCUACGGAGAUGCAAUGACAGGACCAAUUCCCAUCAGUGCCUCAGCAGCUAUAGUGGAGGCAUCCUUGAACAGCCUUUGGUCCAUCAAACCCGACAAAGUGCAGGUCACCAAAGAGGUCGAUAGCCAAGAAUCUCAAUACACCGUCACAUUUGAUUCUGACAGAGGGGAUUUUAAACCUCUUCACUGGGAAGUUUUUGGCUCUGACACUAACAUCACUGUUGCUGAGGUAACAAAGGGGAGAAGCAACAUGAAGACCUUCACUCUGCUCUGGGGAGGAAUCCCUACAAAGCCCAUCGCCUUCAAUGCAAAUGAGUCUGAGGUGCGGUCGGCUCUGGUGGACAUGAUGAAACCUGAGUGUCCUGAUGAGAUCCUGACCCCUGAAGGGACUAAUGUGAAAUACUUCAAAGACUUUGAAAAUGACAACUCUCAGUUCAAUAGUGAAAUAGGGACUCCAGUGAAAAACGCUUUCUGUGGCCUGUGGUCGCUGAAGAACGCAGAGGUUCUUUUCAAGUACAGUUACACCAAAGAGUCUGGUGUGAGCUACGGACCAGUUUCUUUGGACAAUUUUCCCACGCUUUGCUUUGCAUACAAGGGAAUGUUGAAGGAUGAAGUUGGAAUGAAGUUCACUUACCGCGACAGCCAAGGCAAAACCCAGACAGAGACGGCAAAGAUCAAAUCUCUCUUCACCAAGGGCCAAGGAUGGAGUUACAAAUGCAUGGAUCUGCAGAGUUCCCUGCAGACAGACUACAUAGGAAGCAGUUACAGUCUUCAGGAGUUUUACCUCUACAAAGACGUCCCUGGUGCAGAUUUCUACGUGGAUGCCGUUUACAUCGGAAAGACACCCACCACAGAUGAUGAAAAUGCUGUUCCCCAGAAGAGAAGGCUUGCACCCUUUGAAAAUUCUGGUCGUUCUUUUGAGGUGAUCGCUGUUAGCAAAGCCACAUCAAAUGCUUCACAGAUCAGCUACACGAUCAAAGCCACACCACUCGAAUGUGCCUUUGAUUUCCCACUGAUAGAAGUUGGCUUCUUGGAGAUGUCCAACAGCAGCGAGGACAUGGCUAAAUACAGAGAAGGAGCAGCCACCGUCAGCAUCACUCGCCCUCACAGAGCCACCCCACCUCUGAACGGCACCUUUGAUGUGGGGAUUUAUGGAGGCCGAGCUGAAGGUCUGCCAGUAGACAUCAGUGAGAAGGACCUGAAGUACGCUCUGGAGGGAAUCGCAGGGAUGGGUCAAGUCAGCGUCACAUGGCAGGGAAGCUGCAGAAGGCCCAAGUGGACGGUUAAGUGGCUCACCAAACCUGGAGACCAGCCUCUGAUCCAGGUUGACGGCUCGUCGGUUGUUGGAAAUAAUGCAGUUGUUUUAGCACUUGAGAAAGUAAAGGGAGGGUUGUUGAGGCGCAGCAUGACAGGAGAUUUCUUUCGUGUCUGGGAAACCAAACCACAGGUGGAGGUUUACAUCAACGGCAUUCCCUCAAAGUGUUCUGGUGACUGUGGGUUCGAGUGGUCUGAUGACAAGACUCCAGUUGUGACUGGAAUCAGUCCAUCGCAAGGGUCUAAUGGCCUUGGCACUCUGUUGACUAUCACUGGAACUGGCUUCGGUAGUGAGAACGCCUCCAUCAUUGUGGGAAAGACCCGAUGCCUUGUUGAACAGAUCACCGCUACCACUCAGGUGUGCAGACUGGGCGGCGCUAGUGCUGGUUCCUACCCCGUGUUCAUCGGCUUCCCCUCCCUGGGUGAUUCACGCUCCACAGGAGGCAACAUCUUCCACUUCACCUACCAGCUCAUUGUUUCCUCUUUCUCCCCGCUCUCUGGAAGCGUCGCAGGAGGCACGCUGCUGACAGUGAGAGGUUUCGGCUUCAGCCAGAACAGCACAGUUACUGUCGGCAGUGACGGGUGCACCGUGGUUCAUGCCAGUGACACUGAGCUGAAAUGCAGAACGCCGGCAGGGACUGCGGGAUCCCAGAUCAUCACAGUGAUGGUGGGAAACAUGAGUCAGACAGCCGUCAGCUCCUUCACAUACGAUACUAAUCUUACAGCCCAGAUCUCAGGCCUGAGUCCCCGCACCACCACUGUGAUUGGACAUGAAGUUCUCACCAUCCAGGGCUCGAACCUGGGAGGCCAAGACAAUGACAGCAUUGUGUUGGUUGGCGGGGAAGAAUGUGUGACCGUGCAGUGGGCGGUGACGAGCAUCACCUGCCGUCUCCCUGUGCUGCCGCCUGGCAUUUACAUGGUGGAUGUGCAGGUUGGAAACAAUGGCUACCCUCAGACAAGCAACGGUGUGAACGCCACCAUUGAAUACAUCCUGGAAGUCUACAGCAUCUCCCCACUGCUCGGCUCUUUGAUGGGAGGAACCAGGCUGACUGUUUCUGGAUCUGGUUUCAGCAACAACACCUCUGACAACAAAGUCUCCUUUGGAGGAGCUCAGUGUGAAGUGAUGGCCGCCUCAGAGAGUGAACUGCAGUGUGUUAUGCAGUCAGCCCAGAAGACCCACGUCGUCACCAAUCAGGGAUCCGACCGCACUUAUGGAGAGGGGUUUGCAUGGAGCCCUGCCUCACUUCCGGUGUUUGUUGGAGACACAGUUGUGUGGCGUUGGGAGGCACCAGCCUUCCAGAUAGUCGGGUACCGGGUCUUCAGUGUUUCCAGCCCGGGUAGCACCACCUACGACGGACCAUUCAACAGCGGAGAGACCAAGACACCCAAAGGGGUUUUCGGAUACCGCUUCACUGCACCUGGUGUGUAUUACUACAGCAGUGGCUACGUAGAUGAUGCCAACGUCAGACUGCUGCAGGGAGUCGUGAAAGUCGUGGCUCGGGAGGAGAUUAGCAGCAAAGUCUCUGUCAGCGUGGGAGGCAUGGAGGCCAGACACAUGACAGGUUUACAUCCUGUGUCCACAGCAGCCCCACAGUGCGUCACUUCCCCACAGUGCCCUCAGACCAACGAGACCUCAGACGGCCUUUCCUUCAGCGUCUUGGCCUGCUCCACCCCCACAGUCCACUCCAUCUCUCCCAACCAGGGAUCAUACCACCAGAUCAUCCACAUUCAGGGCAAUGGCUUCAGCGACACUGCCUGCGCUAAUGAGGUGACAGUGGGAGAUCAGCCCUGUCACGUGUUCAACAGCUCUUACUCUGAGAUCAACUGCCAGCUCAGCCCGGAAAGCGAACUUCCCAUCGGUGUUGCUCUCCCCGUAGCCGUCCGAGUCAACAACCUCGGCAGCGCCAUCAUCGCCGUACCAGACGAGCUCGGCCGCCGUUUUGUGGUCCUGCCUGUGGUCGACUCGGUCUCGCCUCCUAUCGGCAGCCCCACCGGCCACACGCGGCUCCUCAUCCACGGCUCUGGUUUUUCUGGAGUACAAGUGACUGUAGCCAGCGAGCCCUGCUCCGUCGUGUCAGUCAGUUACACUUGUGUUACCUGUGACACCUCUCCUUCUCAGCCACACGAUGGUGAUGUCGUCUUAUACAUGGGCAGGAUCCAAAGCUCCUGUCAUUCAAACUGCUCCUUCGAGUACUCCUCUUCUGUCACUCCCAAGGUCUCCAGUAUUUCCCCCGACAGCAUCAGCAACCUAACCACUGUCAUCAUCUCUGGCUCAGGGUUUGGCAGCAGUGUGGAUGACGUGGCAGUCUUUGCCAGCACCUCAGAGCUGGAAGUCAUCGCCGUGACCGAUGACAACAUUACGCUGAGCGUAAACGCUCUGCCCGCGGGCGACCACCCAGUCAAAGUAAUUGUGAGAAGCAAAGGCCUUGCGUCCGGUUCUGUUACCCUGAACAGUCGUGCCCUAGCUGUCCUCCACCCCGAUGUGGGCAGCCUGGCAGGAGGAACCUCUCUUGUCUUCACUGGAAACGGCUUCGCUCCAGGGAACACCAGCGUGAUGGUCGGUGGCAGACCCUGCCAGAUUCAGGAGUUGACGCCGGGGCGGCUUCGUUGCCUGACGCCUCCUCACACUGAGGGGCUGGUCCCUGCUAACGUCCAGGUCUUUUCGGUGCAGUAUCCUCCGCUCAACUUCACCUACUCUGCAGCCCACACUCCUGUCAUCAGCUCCAUCAGCCCUCCCACUGGGCCGAGCGGUGCAGUCGUCACACUGACAGGUUCAGGAUUUGGCAACGACUCCCAGCACAUCUCCGUCACCAUAAACCAAGUCCCGUGUGUCGUGUCUGCCGUCUCCGACACGCAGGUUCAGUGCACUGCAGGAGACAACCCAGGGGGGGCGUACCCAGUCAUGCUGCAUCACCAGGUCAAAGGUCACGCCCAGUCAGGUGUCAUGUUCACUUAUGAGCUGACUCUGAGCAGCGUGCAGCCCAAUGAGGGCAGUUAUGGUGGCGGCGCUCUGCUGUUGGUGCAGGGUUCUGGGUUCGACCCACACAGCUCCAUUGUGAGGAUCUGCGGGGAAGAAUGUAAAGUUCACAGAGAAAUGUCCACAUCGACCCAUCUGUACUGCCAGUCUCCAUCCAUCAAUGGCACUCUGUCGGUGCUGAGCUGCGUGGUUGCCGUCAUUAACCAGCUGGAUGCCGUCAACAUAUCAAAUGGCUACACCUACAAAUCUCAAUUGACUCCGGUGAUCAUGGAUGUUUCUCCACGGAGAGGAGGCACCGCUGGAGGCACCCGGCUUACAAUCACCGGCUCCGGUUUCAGCACCGACAUGAAUGAAGUCAACGUGACCAUCUCAGGAUCUGUGUGUGACGUUCAAUCAACCAACAACACACACAUCGUCUGUGUGACGAACGCUCAGCGCCAGUCUCAGGAAACCAAAGUCAGAGUCAGCAUCGGAAACCGAGGCAUCGCCAAGAUGGAUAAGGCAGACUUCUUCUACAUUGACGUGUGGUCAUCCAGGUUCACGUGGGGAGGUCUGUCUCCACCCGAGAAGGGCUCGUUUGCCGUCAUCACUGAAGGCCAGACCAUCCUGCUGGACACCAGCACCCCUGUGCUGAAAAUGCUCCUCAUUCAAGGAGGGACGUUGGUGUUUGAUGAAGCGGACAUCGAGCUGCAGGCAGAAAACAUCCUGAUCACAGACGGUGGACGGCUCCAGAUUGGCCAGGAGGGGGCGCCAUUCCAACACAAGGCCAUCAUCACACUUCAUGGACACCUGCGCUCCCCUGAACUUCCUGUUUAUGGAGCCAAGACGCUGGCUGUCAGAGAGGGAGUGCUGGACCUGCAUGGUAUUCCAGUUCCUGUCACCUGGACCCACUUGGCCCAGACGGCAACCAGCGGCUCCGUCACACUGACUCUGAUGAAGGCAGUGACAUGGAAAGCUGGAGAUGAAAUUGUCAUCGCUUCCACCGGCCACAGGCAUAGCCAGAGAGAGAACGAGUUGAGGAGUAUUGCCGCUGUGUCGGCUGAUGGCAAAAAUAUAACCCUGACCGAACCGCUCAAGUACACUCACCUCGGGGUGGCCGUCACGCUGCCCGAUGGUACGGUGUUUGAGGGCCGAGCUGAGGUGGGUGUCCUCACCAGGAACAUUGUUGUACGAGGCUCCCAAAACCAAGAAUGGAACGACAAGAUCGAAGCCUGCCCCGAUGGCUUUAACACAGGUGAAUUCGCCACCCAAACCUGUUUCCAAGGACGGUUUGGGGAGGAGGUUGGCAGCGAUCAGUUCGGAGGUUGCAUCAUGUUCCACGCACCUAGACCAAAUGAGAAUCUUGCAAUCGGCAGACUGGAAUAUGUUGAGGUCUCUCAUGCAGGACAGGCCUUCAUGCUGGGACGUUAUCCCAUCCACUGGCAUCUGAUGGGAGACAUCAACUACAAGUCAUAUGUGCGAGGUUGUGCUAUCCAUCAGACCUUCAACAGGGCCAUAACCAUUCACAACACUCACCGGCUGCUGGUGGAGCACAACGUUAUCUACGACAUCAUGGGUGGGGCCUUCUUCAUCGAGGACGGCAUUGAGACGCAGAACAUCCUGCAGUACAACCUGGCUGUGUUUGUCAAGCAAAGCACCAGCCUGCUGAACGACGACGUCACUCCUGCAGCCUACUGGGUCACUAAUCCCAACAACAUCAUCCGCCACAACGCCGCCGCAGGGGGCACUCACUUCGGCUUCUGGUACCGCAUGCACGAGAACCCCGAUGGCCCUUCCUUUAACCAAAACAUCUGCCAGAAGCGGGUUCCCCUUGGUGAGUUUUACAACAACACUGUUCACUCCCAGGGCUGGUUUGGCCUUUGGAUCUUCGCAGACUUCUUCCCCAUGAAGAACGGAGCCUGCUACUCCCAAACCCCUGAGCCAGCUGUCUUCCACUCUCUCACAACCUGGAACUGUGAGAAAGGUGCCGAGUGGGUCAAUGGUGGAGCCGUGCAGUUCAACAGCUUCCUCAUGGUCAACAACGAGAAAGCCGGUAUUGAAGCCAAGCGCAUCAUGCAGUGGGCUGUGAGCAACUUCGGAGAGGAAGGAGGGGCGACCAUAUCCAACAGCACCAUUGUGGCCUAUGUAGACGAGCUCGGACUUGGAAAUGACUACAGCACGCGACGAGGUGUCAUCACGCCAUCGGACGAUGGUCUGAGCGUCCUUAACACCAAGUUCAUCAACUUCAACCGUAGUUUAAGCGCAGCCAUCGGGUCAGCCUCAAUCGAUGGGACGUGUGGGAAUCAGUGUGGUGGCUGGGCUGUCAGGUUUAGUGGUAUCCAGUACUUCAAUUCACCCAACAAGGCCGGCUUCAGGUGGGAGCAUGAGGUACAGCUGGUGGACACUGAUGGCUCCCUCACAGGAAACAUCAACCACACAGUUGUGCCUUCGAGCCCCUUGCUGGACCCCGCUCACUGUUCCGUGAGUGCCGAGUGGAGCGUAGGUUUCCCCGGCACUGUGUGCGACCACACCGUCAACUUCCAUCGUUUGUGGAUCUCCUAUUCAUCACCGUCCCCUCUGAUCCAGUUAACCAACUCACAUGGUACCAGUGUGAUUGGCCUGAGAAUAGCCUUGCUGCCCUCUAAACAAAUCUACAGCUGGAACUUUCAAAAUGUGGAUCAAAUCACCUACAUCUAUUAUUAUGCCGUGUUCUACGGCUUUAAGUCGGAACAAUAUGUUAUCAUCAACCACAACUUCACCCAGAGUCCAGACGUAUUCCAUAUCAUCGAUUGGAGGAGCGGCUCAUCGACACCGCUGAGCUUCAGCAACAACACAAAUGGAGACUGGUACUUCAACAAGACCUCCAACAACCUCUCCUACAUCGUAUCUGGGAAGACGAGCCAGCGCAUGCGUCUUGGCAGCAUUGACCCCUCCAUGAUGGACAUCGCGGUGAACUUCGUGGUCUAUCGCUGCUUCUAUCCCAACUGCAUCGAACCAACUCCAGCCACACUCCCCCCCUUACCCACUCACCUGCCUGGCAACUUCACUGAGACUUUGAACCAGACCAACGUUAGGCCAAAGCGUCUGUGGUCUGAUGCCUCUUUCUGGAAAAGUUCAGCUGAAAAUAACUUUGCUGUACCAACAGAGGGCUCUGAUGUGGUCAUCCCAGCAGUGGAGUGGGUUGUUUUGGACAUCAACACUCCUCCCCUCAACAAGCUGACGGUCAUUGGAGUUCUUGAAAUCCCCGACAACAUGAACAGCUCGUUCUCCAGACAGACUCAGACUGCUCCUGAUUACAGAACUGUGGUGGUAGACGCCGUCUACAUCUCCAUCCAGGGCGGCAGGCUGAUCGCAGGAUGGGCUGACGAACCAUUCAGAGGUCAGCUGCACAUCAAACUGAGAGGGAACCACCGCACGCCUGACUGGCUUCUGCCUAACGGACCCAACCAGGGAUCCAAAGUCCUGGGUGUGUUUGGUACACUGGAGCUGUACGGACAACCUCACAACGUUUACCACACCAAACUGGCUGCCACUGCUGACGCUGGAUCCAACACUCUGACCCUGUCGCAGUCUGUGGACUGGCAGGUUGGAGACGAGGUCGUCAUCUCCACCACCAGCUACAACGCGUUGGAGACAGAAAAACGUCAGAUCACCACCGUGUCAGCAGAUGGCCGUAAUCUGACCCUGAACCAGCCUUUGACCUACAUUCACAUUGGUGAGACUCACUCCGUCUCCGGUACAUCCUUCUCCUACACUCUGGCGGCUGAUGUUGGUCUCGUGACCAGAAACAUUAAGAUCAUCGGUCAGGAGUACCCAGAUAUGAUUACGGAGUCAUUCGGAGCCAGACUUUUGGUGGGCACCUACUCGUGGGCCGGAAUUGUAUAUAAAGGCAAGGCUCAGAUCAGGAACGUGGAGUUCUUCCACUCUGGUCAGGGUGGCUGGACCGACUACACCGACCCUCGUUACUCUGUGGCCUUCCUCAACCUGGAAGAGGUUUCAGAAAAAGACUCGUACAUUCAGGGUUGUGCUUUCCAUGAUGGCUUCUCUCCAGCUAUCGGAGUCUUUGGGACGGACGGACUGAACGUUGAUGAUAACGUUGUCUACCGCACUGUGGGAGAAGGUUUCAGAAUUUGGGGCAACAAGAUAAAACUGAGGAGGAACCUGGUGAUGAUGACUGGAUACAGAGAGCAGCCCGUCAACUACGCCUGGAACGCUGCCAUUGAGGUCAAUGAGGGGACAAAUGUUGUGCUGCAGCAUAACAUAGUGGCAGGUUACGAGAGAGUCGCUUAUCGUAUCGAUGGUGAACCAUGUCCAGGUUAUAUGAACAAGAAUGAGAAGUGGAUUCACAAUGAGGCUCACGGCGGUCUGUUCGGAGUCUAUCUGAACAAAGACGGUUUGCCCGGCUGCAGCCUCAUCCAGGGCUUCUUCGUCUGGAGGAGCUUUGACUAUGGCAUCUACUUCCAGACCAUCAUGGAUGUUAUUGUUUCCAACGUGACCCUGGUGGACAACGGGAUGGGCAUCAUGCCUCUCAUCUUCGCUCCUCCUUCUCUCUCCCACGCGUAUGCAGAUAAAACUGCACAUAUUCAGAAUGCCUUGAUUGUUGGCAGCAGCCCGAGCUUCAACUGUUCAGCCACUUUGCCCAGCAGUGAUAUUAAUAUGGUCAUCAGCAAAGGCCAUCGAGCCCCAAGGCCUCUCAAAGGUGGCAGAUCUGGAAUCUGUUGGCCAACUUUUGGAUCUGCACACAACAGUGCUCCAAUAAAUCCCCAUCAUGUGAACAACAACUACAACACCAUCAAAGGACUGAUGAAAGUCAUAGACACAACAUUCGUUGGUUUCCGAAACGUCUGCUCAAGCGAGACUAACUUCAUGUUCAUCACCAACCCGAUCAACGAGGACCUGCAGCACCCUGUGCACGUUUCAGGAAUAACGAUGAUCAACAGCACAGAGCAGGCCAGAGUCUUCGUCCACAGGCCUGACGUGAGUAAAGCAAACCCAUCUGACUGUGUGGACAUGGACUGCGACGCGAAGAAGAAGACCUUGUUGAAGGACUUGGACGGUUCAUUCCUGGGUGCAGUGGGAGCUGUGGUGCCUCAGUCUGAGUACGAGUGGGGAGGUGAUCCCAGGAGAGGGCUGGGCGACUACCGCAUCCCAAAAGUCAUGCUCACUUUCCUCAACGGCAGCCGCAUCCCUGUGAACCAGAUUGCUCCACAGAAAGGUGUGAUCAGGAAAGACUGCACGUACAUGAGUUCCUGGCAGAGCUACAAGUGUUUCGGGCUGAACUACAGGAUGCUGGCGAUUGAGAGUCUGGACUCUGACACAGAGACCAGACGUCUGUCCCCCGUCGCUGUGCUCGGAGACGGCUUUUUGGAUCUGAUCAACGGUCCUCAGGAUCACGGUUGGUGUUCAGGCUACACCUGCCGGAAGAGAGUGUCUCUCUUCCACAGCAUCGUGGCCACCGGUCGCUCCUUCGAGGUCUUCUUCAGCAGUACUAGCCCUCAGAAACUUCGCCUCAUGAUGCUCAACGCUGAUCCAUCUGAGAGCGUCAUGGUGUCAGUCUUCUACUCCAAGCCGCAGCGGUUGGACGUGUAUGUAAACAACAAUCUAAUUGCCCCAACUAACGUUCAGUGGAACGCUGACAACACUGACUACACCCUGAAGAAGCCCAUCUAUGCAGAUCAAUACGUCCCCCAAUUGAACGCCACUGUGGGCUCCAACUACUUUGACCGGGACUACAAGAUGUUGAAGGUCAUACUAAGAGGCACCCAGCCAGUGGAGAUCCGAACUUCCCCGCUUCUCUUCAUCUCCUUUGAGCUACCCGCCAUGACUGAGGAUCAGUUCUUCGGCAAAAGCCUGAUCCAGAACCUUGCUGCGUUUCUCAACAUUCCCCCAAAUAUGAUCCGAAUCACUAACAUCAUCCGGGGGGAUGGAGGCACACGGCGCAGGAAGAGAGCUACGAGCCUGAAGGUGGAGGUGGAGAUCAGGAAACCUCCAGUCCAGCAAACCACCAACAGCACCAACAAUGAGCAGGACUUUACGUUGUUGAAGAGCAUCGCUGAUGGUCUGGGUCAGGCAGCAGUUUCCGGAAACCUCAGUCAGUCCAUCGGCUUCAACAUCUCUUCGAUGGGCAUCAUUGGGCCUCCUCCCCCAUCAUCUGACCCCAGCUGGAAUCAGGAGGCCACAGCAGAAGUGACGAGGGAGGAGCCUACAGUGAGCUACGUGUCCCAGGUGUCCAAUCUGCUGCUGAUAGAGGAGCCGAUAGCCGGAGAGUCUGUGGGUCCUCUGUACCAGCAGCCCAGUCUCAUGGCUGUGGAUCAGCAGGGUAACUGCGUCUCUGUGGGAGUGACAACUCUCACCGUAACAGCCAGCCUGAAGAACUCCAGCGGUAACAUCGUAGACGGACUGGAAGGAAACACCACCAUCCUGUUCAGCACCUGCUGGGCAAACUUCACCGACCUGUCCAUUCAAAACACCGAUAAGGACCUGACCAUGGUCUUCACUCUGAAGGAGUGGGGUGUCCAGUCACGCGCCUUCUCCAUCAAAAGCACUACAAGUACUCAGGCUCCAUCCACUCAGGCUCCAUCCUCUCAGACUCCAUCCACUCUGUCCACAAACCAACCACAGGCCACUACCAGCAAGAGCACCUCAAGCUCCAGCUCAACCGUGUCUGCCGGCAGUCUGUGUCUGGUCAGCAUCAUGUACGCUGUGGCCUGCUUCUUAGAUGGCACCCCCAUAUGUUAAAUAGUUCUGUGAAUUUAAGAGGGUUUUAUGAAGGACACCUCAACAUGAACAAGUUUGCUAAAUAAAAAACUGUAAUCCUUAAAUAUAUUAUGCACAUGGGUAUUUUUUCUUUUCCUGUGGUGAAUUUGUAUUAAGAUUUUUUUUAAAUGAUUGGGAUGGGGUUAAAAUAUAAUUUUUUUGUCAUUCUGGUGUUGUAUUACGUGUGAAUGUCUGUUUGAUAUGAUUACACUUUGAGUGUAAGAUCCAUAAAGGUUUUCUAUUUUAAAACAGACUGACUGUAACAAGAUGAUAAAAAUAUGAAGAUUGCAUUUUGUUGAUGAUUGAUUUUUUGAAACUAUAUUCUCUUUUCAAUAAAUUCUAUUUUUCAUCCA